AUGAACGUAAUCAACCCUCGUUAUCCCUACCCACUCUCACGGCCGCUUCUCGAGCCUCGUUACCCUUCAUCCCGCUCUCUCGAACCCUACAUGGGCAGUCGUUAUGGCUUAGAGCCAGUUCUUCCCAGAAGCCGUGCCUACGUCAACUGUGCCUGCGGCGCUGCCAUCUCACCUCUAGGCAACCAUCUGUGCCGGACAUGCGUCCUCACAACGCAUGCAGCAAACCAAGUCCUCAAUAUUCGCGGCGGUGACCACUGCGAUUGCCCAGCGUGCGAUCUCGCAGGUCUCGACGACGACCGGGAAAUCCGGGAUGUUAUGGGUGGCCGAGGCUACUAUAGCGGGGGGUAG